UUCGGAAGAUAAGAUGUCAAAAGAAUUCAAUCCUUUCGAGCCAGCCUCUGCUCUUGAGUCCUCAAAGGCAGAACUUGAAGAAGAGACAAAGAAGGAGUACUUAAAGUCAGAACAGAUAUGCUUAAAGUAUUCAAUCACACUGGAAUAUCUUAGAGACAUCAAGUAUUUACUUGGGAUCAAGAAAUUAGCCAAAUGGGAUCCCUCAGAGUAUGGAAGAGAUGAGAAGAUCUUUGUUGAUCACUCGAGAGAUAUCCAAACUAUUGAUGAGAAAGGAAACCCUAUUGAAAAUAGCUAUUACUGUCUCGAUACCAAGUCCAAAAGGAAAAGGAAAGAAAGUGGAAUGGUAAAAGAAGAGAGUCAGGAUAUUUCUAUCCUUCCUGAGCAUGAAAUUUACUUCAAAAUUCAGCUUUCUCUAGGGAACAAUGACUUAUUCUUUACCCAUACAACAAGAGAUCAUAAGUUCAACAACUUGUUGAAGGAAACUAUUACUUUUCCUAUCCAAAUAAAUGAACUUCCCAUUCACUCAGCAGUCUCCAUUGCCUUGUAUGACUUUAAUAAAGAAGAGGAUGAUGGGCUCAUCGGUUCCACUUGCUUCUAUGUCUUUGAUAAAAAGAGAAGAUUAAGGCAAGGAGUACAAAAUUUAGUAAUCCAUAAGAACAUCCAGCCAGAUUUGAGUUAUAAAUUUUCAACACCUGGAUUCCCUGACAAAAACGCUGAGGCGAGAGAUAUCAAUGUUACUCUCAACAAGAUGGGACUAGAUGUUGCUACAGAUGAUAGGACUCCUAUUCUUUUACAAAACAAGCUCCAUGAUCUUUACCUUAAGUCUGAUUGAUCCUUCUUAGAGAUUUCAACUUCAGUUUGGGACAAUCCUGUCGUUUUUGAAGAAGGAAGGUACCAGGAUUUUAAGAAAGAGAUUACUAUUCCUCCAUAUCUUUUAAGGAAAUACAUAAAUUCCUUCAGGUCUAAACCUAAUGAUCUGCAUCAUGUCCAGGAAGAGGAAAAGCAUGAGCCUCCAGCUUCCGUGAAGAAGAUUAGUCUGAGAAACAAGAGGGUUAUUAAAUUUCAUGACCCCUCUCUAAUGAAAAAGCACCAUGUGAUGGUUGACAUUGAGACAAAUUCUAACCCUGUGACUGAAAAGUUCUUCAUCUUAACUAGGACAGAAGACGAUGCACUGGCAAAGACUUUGACACCAAACGCCCAAGAGAAUGAACAGAUCCUUUCUAUUAUAGAGAAACCUGACUUCUCUGAGCUUUCUCAUAAAGAAAAGCACAUACUCUGGAAAUACAGAUAUCCUCUGAAAAACGAUGAAAGAUACAAAAGUGGAAUUGUCAAAUUCCUUCGCUCUGUUGACUGGGAGAGAAGAAAGGAGAAAAACGAAGCUCUUGAGAUGCUGAAUGAGUGGGAAAUCAACCUUGAGCAUGCUGUUCCAAUGCUUAGUGCUCUAUUUAGCUCAAAUGAUACCUACCCUCCAUCUAUAAAGUCAGAUUGUUGAGACCCUAUACGCAAAAAGGCUAUCAAGAGGUUGUAUCAAGAGGAUAUCAAUUCAAUUCAUUUGAUAUUACUGCAAUUGGUGCAAGCAUACAGAUAUGAGGACUCUAAUCAAACCUUGCUAAAAGAUUUUUUCUUAUCAUGAGUAACCAGCAACUCAAAAAUUGCCCAUAGUUUUUAUUGGAUUGCAAAGCUUGAAAAAGAGAAUGACAAAAGCCUUCCUGACACUAGAGAGCAAUAUAAGGUACUUGUUGAGAGUUUCCUGGCUCAACUCUUACAAGAUAACCCUGAAGUACAUCAAAGUCUGAGUGAGCAACUAGCCUUCAGAGAUAAGUUGAAGAUAGUCUCGAGUCAUAUUCGUAAAAUACACAAAGUCGGGGAAAAGAAAGAGGAGCUCCAAAGAGUCUUAUCUGAAGGCGGAAUGUUUGAUAUGACUAGCUUUGACCCUACUCCUAUGCCUCUCGACCCAGAAGUUCAGGUCUGUGGUAUCAUCCCUAGCAAAUGCUCCGUCUUCCCAAGUGCAAUGUGUCCUUUAAAAUUAACAUUUAAAGUGACACAGCAUACUAAAGAUUUAGAACUCCCAAGUGUCGAUGAGGGGCUUUAUAACGUGAUGUACAAAGUUGGUGAUGAUGUUAGACAAGACCAGCUCGUUCUUCAGAUGAUCGACUUAAUGGAUUUCUUACUCAAAAAGAUCAAUUAUGACUUCAAAUUUACUGUCUAUAAAGUACUGGCUUUUACUCCUGAUGACGGGCUAGUCGAAUUUGUGCCAAGAUGUAAAACAAUCAGUGAUAUUCUUCAUAAAUAUAAUUCAAAGAUUGAUAGAUUCCUGACCCAGUGCAGUCUUGAAACUCAGACACCAUACGAAACAGUAUUUGAAAGUUAUUUAGACUCAUGAGCAGGAUACUGAGUAGUAACUUACCUCCUUGCAGUUGGCGACAGACACUUAGAAAAUCUUCUAAUUGACCAGAAUGGGAGAAUGUUUCAUGUAGACUUCGGAUUCAUCUUUGGUAAAAACCCUCCUAGGAAAAGUAUUAUGCCUCCAAUUAGAAUCUGUCCUGAGAUGAUUGACUGCAUGGGUGGUUUCAACUCUCUUAACUACCAAAGGUUCCUUGAUAAGUGCGUGACUGCUUUCAAGUUCCUACGUAACCACUCUAAGUAUAUCAUGAACUUAUGUUAUUUGAUGAUUCACUCAGAAAUAGAAGACCUACCAGAUAAAGAUUCUGAGAAUAUUCUGAACCAAAUGUACCAGAAGUUCCUUCCAGAUAUUAAAGAGUCCGCUGAAGUAGGAGUACAAUUCAAGAAGCUAAUAGAGGAAUCAAUUACAGCUUUCUUUGCCAAGAUGUUUGAUAAAUUGCAUGAUUUUGCCCAGAUGAUCAAGUAAUCCCACUCUUCAAAUUGACUCAAUAUUGAUUAUCUUUA